GUCUGGUCCUGUACUUCCCACACACCCACACCCCCCUGCCUUCGCUUGCGUUGUCAGGCAAUUAAACCACCAAAGGCGGUCGCAAGCCAUCGUGCCAAUUUGGGCCAAACCCCGUGGCAAUCUUGUCCGGCCGAUGUUCUGCCGCCUGCGAAUAACCUGCGAAUAACCUCAUCGCCUCGGGCCCCCAAGACACCCACUGCUGCCGCUCCAGCACCCCAGAACCACUCGAGGCACCUGCUGAUUCCCUAGGCCUCCUGCCGACUGGCUGCCCGCCCUGGCGAUCCGGCCCCACGUCACUGUCCCCGUCGUCGAGCCUCCUGUUCAAUCCGCGGCGCCCACCCUGCGGCCUCGGCGCGCAUAGCCGAGAACGAGCCCUGCCCCCCCGACAAGCCCGUCUCUCCGAGCGCAUCCUGUCGUCGGCCGACCGACCCGAUCCUUUUCGGCUGCGGCCAUCGGCAGGCCUCGCCAUGGUCAAGGCAGCGGCCGUUGUGAGCACGCCCACCGGGCCGGGCAUAUACAGCGCCACGUACAGCGGAAUACCGGUGUACGAAUACCAGUUCGGCGUCGACCUGAAGGAACAUGUUAUGCGACGCCGUCAUGACGACUGGAUCAACGCGACACAUAUCCUCAAGGCCGCUGGCUUUGACAAGCCCGCAAGGACAAGGAUCCUCGAGCGAGAGGUUCAGAAAGACACACACGAGAAGAUCCAAGGCGGCUAUGGAAAGUAUCAAGGAACGUGGAUCCCGUUGGAAUCCGGCGAGGCCCUCGCAAAUAGAAACAACAUCUACGACCGACUACGACCAAUUUUCGAGUAUGUACCAGGCGCCGAAAGCCCGCCGCCCGCCCCGAGGCACGCGAGCAAGCCUAAACAACCAAAGAAGCCCGCUGUUCCAAAGUUCAACAGCAAGGCCGCACGUGCUGCUGCUGCUGCUGCUGCGGCAAGCCAAGCGCCACCACAGCCCGUCCCCUACUCGGCCGCACCAACGCCUCAGGAAGGAUUCGACAAUGCCGACGUCCUUAUGGAGGAGGACGGCACCCCAGACAACCUGACGGUGGCAUCCGCCUCGUAUCUUGCCGAGGAAGACAGACAUGACCUCUCGCACUUCUCGACAGGCCACCGCAAGCGCAAGCGGGAGGAGAUGCUGCAGGACCUGUCGGACCAGCAGCACUCCGUGUACGGAGAUGAGCUGUUGGACUACUUUUUGCUCUCCAGAAAUGAACGCCCGGCGAUACGUCCCGAUCCUCCGACAAACUUCCAACCCGACUGGACCAUCGAUAUGGACCGCCACACGGCCCUCCACUGGGCUGCAGCCAUGGGUGAUGUGGAAAUCAUCAAGCAACUCAAGCGUUUUGGCGCGAGGUUGGACGCCCAGAACCUCAGGGGCGAGACGCCGCUCAUGCGGGCCGUCAACUUCACAAACUGUUACGAGAAACAGACCUUCCCAGUCGUCAUGAAGGAGCUCUUUGAGACGGUUGAUCAUCGCGAUCUCGCCGGCUGCACCGUUAUCCACCACGCCGCCAUAAUGAAGAGCGGCCGCGUGUCGAGCCCAUCGUGCUCGCGCUACUACCUGGACAACAUACUCAAUAGACUGCAGGAGACACAGGGUUCCGACUUUGUCCAGCAGCUGCUCGACGUACAGGACAUGGAUGGCAACACAGCCGUCCAUUUGGCCGCCCAGCGCGGCGCGAGCAAGUGCAUCCGCGCCCUACUUGGCCGCGGCGCCAGCACCGACGUUGCCAAUAACGAAGGCAUCCGUGCUGAAGACCUUAUUAGGGAACUAAACGCCAGCAAGAAGGCCCGCUCGGCGCCGCAGCGCUCGUCAUCGCCCUUUGCGCCCGAGUCGCAACGCCACGUCUCGUUCCGGGAUGCGUUAGGCGUCCAUGCCGCCGGCGAGGGGGCCGCAGGCAUGGCGGGGAGCACCGCCAGCACUGCCCACCACACCCACCACGGCCCCGUCGGCAGCAAGCUCGCCGUAUCAUACAAGUCGGAGGCGGCGCUUACGGUGCAGAACCGAAUCACGCCGCUUGUUUUUGAGAAGUUCCACGAGCUGGCGCGCAGCUACGAGGACGAAUGGCGCGAGAAGGACGAGGCCGAGCGCGAGGCAGCACGAAUCCUGAGCAACGCGCAGGCUGAACUCGACGCCGCCCGCGCGCAGGCCGCCGAGAUCGAGUCGAUGCUGCAACCCGAACCCGCGGCAUCGCGGCUCGAAGCCGAGGUGGCAGCGGUUGCGGGCAAGGUGACGUCGUUUGUGUCGCACCAGAACCGUAUCGCCGUCGAGGGGCUCGUCGACCGCGAGCUGGGUGCCGCGGCAGAGGCGGCCGAGGGCGCAAUGAACGGAGGCGGCAGUGGCGGCGACGGCAGCGGCGCCGGCAACGCGGUUGAAGAGCGGUUCCGACUCGCCAACGAGCUUAGGCAGCUGCUGGCCGAGCAGCAGGUGGCCGAGGCCGAGUACGUGGACGCGCUCAGCGUGGUGGGCACGGGCGAGAACAUCGAGCAGUACAAGCGCCUGCUCAAGAUCUGCCUAGGCCCCGAGGCCGAGAGCCUCGACGACAACCUCGACGGCAUCAUCGAGAUGAUGGAAGAGGAGGCCGUUGACGGCGCCGGCGGCGAUGCACCCGGCCUGGAAGAGCAACCCAUGACCGAUGCCACGGCGGGGCUGAACGGGACUAUGCCGGGAUCCAUGGCGCCACCAGACCCGCAUUUUGGAGCCCCUGAGCCGAUGGAGAUUUCGGUCCUGUAGGGCAGCCGACCGCGUCCCUUUCCCUUUCGCGACUGGUGGUGAUCCCGUCGCUUGUCUCGCACUUCAUCUCUAUACCCCACAUCUAGCGAACGCCUCCAUGUCAUCAAAAUCUCGAUGCUUUUAGACCCCUGUCGGAGCAAGAAACCUCAUCAUCGUCAGCACGAAGGAGCCGGCUUAGGCUCUCGGCGAGCGGGGUUGGCGCCCAACCGUCGGGCGCCAUGGCCGUCUCAACGCAAUCGCUGGUGCCUAGAGGGAUUCCGCGAUCUGCAAUCUCGCCGCACCCUGCGACAAACACCUGCCCGUUGAAGGAUCCCCUCAAACACCCUAAACCCCCGAUCCAUCUGGAUUUUCUUUUGUUUAAUGUCUUGUGUGUGUGUGACUGUUUGUGUGCGUGUCUGAAUACGACGGCGUUUGUGGAGCACUUUUUGGAUGGAAAAGAGGAAACGCAGGAAACAAACAUGGAACGCAAGCAGGAGAGAACGAGGAAGCAGGAGUGUGUGGGAUUAUUAUGUGCCUUGGACUGCGAGGACGGAUGUAUACUUGUUCCUAUGUCCUUUUGCUAAACCCCGUCAUCGCAGCCCCCUUUUCUUUCUCUCGUUCUUAUCGUGCCGUUGACGGCCAAGUCCUCCAGGCCUCGCCCAAGACUCGAUCCGUUACAUCAUUACUUUUCCCCUUUGUUUCUCUCACUAUGGUUGUAUACCUACUCUAUAGAUAAUGAUCCCACAUCAAGGUCUUGUUCUUCCCUUGGCUACGUCGCUGGUUUCACCCCUGCCGUAUCUCGUCCCCGUGUCCGAGCCCCAUCUCGGUCAGGUUAGGAGAGCACGGGGAUGGACGUCUUUGUCGCCCACAGUUUCUCAUCUUUUUUGUUUGUUUGUGGAUGGGAGUUGCCUUUUGAUAAUGACGAUACUGCUGAACACCGAAAAGUACUCGUGUGGUCAGGUACCUAC